CGUGACUGUUCUGGGAGGAAGCAACUGAGCUGAAGCUUUGAACAAAGGUUGCACCAUUCUUUUAACUUGACUACAGAGAACAGGAGCUGGCCUAGGACGGAAUAAAGCAUGUGGAAGGUUGUGUGGGCAGUGCUGCUCUCAGUGACUGUGUGCAGCCAUAGAGCUGAAGCCGAGGAGGAGGGGGGGAAACCGAGCCUGGGGCACGUCUCUGUGGUCAUAGUGGGUAGCACUGGUGACUUGGCGAAGAAGUACUUGUGGCAAGGCUUCUUCCAGCUCUACAUGAACCAGGUCAGCAAUGGACACAGUUUUUCCUUUUAUGGCGGGGGACUGUCACCUGCAGAUAAGGCCAAACCGAUCCUGUUCAAGAUCCUGAAGGGCGUGACGUGCAGCGAGGAUGUGUCCGCGGAGCGCUGCGCCCUGUUGAAGGAGCAGUUCCUGCGGUUGGCUCAGUACAAGCAGCUGAACACCACGAAGCAUUACCAGGAGCUGAAUACGCAACUUCGUCAACAGGUGACACAAGAGGGGUUGACAGAGGCAGGACGCCUCUUUUACUUAUCUGUGCCAGCCUUUGCCUAUGCAGACAUUGCAAAGAAGAUCAACGGCAGUUGCAGGCCGGCCACGGGGGCGUGGCUACGAGUGGUUCUGGAGAAACCCUUUGGCCAUGACUUCCACAAUGCUCAAACUCUUGUGACUGACCUUGCGAACUCCCUGGAGGAUAAGGAAAUGUAUAGGAUUGACCACUACCUAGGAAAGCAGGUUGUCUCUGGAAUAUUGCCAUUCAGGAAGGAGAACAAGAGGUUUCUGGAUCCCAUCUGGAACAAACACCACAUUGAGAGAAUAGAGAUUGUUCUGAAGGAAACCCUGGAUGCCAAAGGGCGUAUUUCAUUCUAUGACCAGUAUGGAGUCAUCAGAGAUGUGAUCCAGAAUCAUCUCACGGAGGUCAUGACCCUGUUGACCCUCAGUCUCCCGGCCAACAUGAGCAACUGUGAUGACAUUCUACAGAACAAGUUAAAGCUCUUCAGUGUCCUGAAGCCCCUAGACAAGAGGCGAGCUGUCAUUGGUCAGUACCAAUCAUACAAUGCAGAGGUCCAGCAAGAACUGAACAAGACCAUGGAUCACGUCAGCCUCACCCCCACCUUCGCUGGUGUAAUGGUGCACAUUGACAUGGCCCAGUACGAUGGACUGCCAAUCAUUCUAACCUCAGGGAAGAUGCUUGAUGAAAGGGUUGGAUAUGCUCGUGUUCUCUUCAAGAAUGAAAUCUUUUGUGUCCAGAACUACAAAAGCAUUUACUGCAAGCCCAAACAGAUCAUAUUCUACUUUGGCCAUGGUAGUCUGCAGUACCCAGCUAUUUUAGUGAGCAAGAACCUCUUUAAGCCACAGCUCAUCAACAGUGAGUGGAAAGAGGUGACGGAGCACAAAGUCGUCAGUGUACUGGGAUUACCCAUCACGGACUACUAUGUGCAAAUGCCAAUAGUGCAGAAGGAGGCCUAUGCAGAACUUAUUUCUCAGGUAUACCACGGCCGAAAGGAAAACUUCAUCAGUGCCGAGAACCUGUUGGCCUCCUGGGGCUUCUGGACUCCCCUUCUGGAAAGCCUGCACGGCUCUUUCCCUCGCAUCUACCCCGGGGGCGCUGAAAAUACCAACCUGCUGGACUUCCACCUGCAAGGACAGGAACUGAAAUUCUCCAGCGAAGCCGUGGUCGUGAUCCCCCAGGACAAGGUGGGUGGGGCAGGGUCGACGAGUUUCCAAACGAUGCAGGGGAAGUACAAGGGCACGGACAUGGUGUCCGCGUGGCCGGAGGACCUUGUGGAGAGGCUGGCUGCCGACAUGCAAGAAGCUGCCGAGGCGGCUGUGAGGGAGGGGGGCACCUUCCACCUGGCUCUGUCUGGGGGCUCUAGCCCCAUAGCUCUGUUCCAGAGGCUGGUCGAGCACCACUACUCCUUCCCCUGGAGGGACACCCACGUGUGGUUGGUGGAUGAGAGAUGUGUUCCGCUGACCGAGGUGGACUCUAAUUUCUUCCAUCUCCACGACAACCUGCUCCAGCACGUGAGGAUUCCAUACACCAACAUCCACCCCAUGCCUGUUCAGCUCAACCAGCGACUGUGUGUGGAAGAAGAUCGAGGCGCACCUCUCUAUGAGAAAGACAUCCUCCAUCUGGUCAAUACCUCCAGCUUCCACUUUGUUCUGCUGGGCGUGGGCUUUGACGGGCACACGGCCUCUUUGUUCCCAGGAUCCCAGGUCAACCAUGGGGACAGCUUGGUGGUUCUUACAGAGAGCCCGGUGAAGCCCCACCAGCGGAUGAGCCUCACCUUUAAUGUCUUAAAUCGUGCCCACAAGGUUGCGGUGCUUGUAAUGGGCAAGAGCAAGCAUGAGCUGGUGACUCAGCUAAGCCGAGUCAAGGACGAUCCCAAGAAGUGGCCCAUAACUGGAGUUCAGCCAAACAGUGGCAAGCUAGUUUGGUACAUAGACUAUGAUGCUCUUUUAGGGUAGGAAA